AAGGAGAUAUUUUCAAAAGUGUUUAGAGCUGAGACUAACUGAGAAUAGGCAGAGGGAUGUUUUAUAAUAAACUCUGACAAGGAAGCCAGAGAUGAAGAGUUAAUUUAGAUUCUGUUCAGAAGGUUAGCCCUUCAUUAGCACUUCUCACAUAACAUCCCUCAUCAGCUCAUUCACAGUUCACACGCACAGUCCUGGAGCCUGUUACCUUGAGCAUGGUGUUAACGUCAAUGUGCGUGGAGUGCACAUGAGCAGUUAAUGGCAGGAUGCGCUGAACCAAUCAGAGACCUCUGCUGCACUGUGCGAAGUGUCUGGCGCGAGUCAAUGAAGAGAGUUUAUUCGCUCAUCCCAGCAGUUUGGACUUUAUUUAACCUGCCGCUGUGUUUUCUGGACUCUUGCUUCUCCCUUUUUUGUUGAUUGCUCCGUCUUGUGCAUCCAUGAGAGUUAACCACACAGACAAUAUCAACAAAGAAUUUACUCUGCAAUAAAUGACGGGCAUCUCGAUGAGAGAGUGUGUGAAUUGGAUCCAUUAACCCUUCAACAUCAUCCCUGUUCUUACCAGACAUGGAGAGUGCAGAUAAGUUUAGCCACGGUGUUCAAGGGAAAUCUAGGAUUGUGUUUAUUAUUAUUAUUAGGCUGGCGAAAUAUGCUGUUCUAGCAGUACUUAGAACAUGCUUAUAAUUAACUACACUAUAAUUAAUUAAGUACAAGUCCACAUUUUCCUGCAGGCCUGCUUGAAAUCUCGGGUUUCAUCAGUAAACCAGGGAUUAGAUUUCUUUGGUCGUCUUGUCUUGGUAGAGACCGGUGCCACAGAAUCGAGAAGAGAAACAAGUAACAAAGUACCACUUUGCUUGUGAAACUAUCCACAGGUUUUGUCACAGUUGCAAAAGGAGCCAGGACCUCAGACAAUUUAUCACUGAGCUUCGCUACGAUUGCCAGGCUGACAUGAUCAGAGCAGUCAAGUGAAAACAUGCAAGAGCCCUAACAACCAGACGGACCUCCUCAUGUGUCAAGUCUCAUUACUGUUUUAAAGUGGUAAAUCCAUGAAGACUUGCUGGCCAGUUCACCUUACCUUUGAAGGAAAAACUGACCAUAUGAUGAUCACAUGGUUGUUACUGGUCUCAUUGGUCUGUAAGAGCACACAAGAUGGAAAUGGUCAAGAGAACGGUGUCCUCCAAUGUGAACCUGAGAAUCUGACACUUUCUAGCUCUGGCCAGAUGAUUAUGUUAACGUGGACAGAGAACGACCCUUCAUGCUCUGCAGUACACGAUGUGCUCGUGUAUGAGCUGGUGGUUCUCAAACCAGAUUUUCCCAUACCACUUACUGGGGAAGUUUCUGUGAUGCCUGACCAGAUAGGAUCUUCUCACUCCUGGAGCUGGAUGUCCCCAUUUGCACUGGAGUGUUUUUCCCAUUCAGUCAGGAUCAGGUCACGAUACAACAAGCAGACGAGCCCAUGGAAACAAGAACAUAUUCAUCCUGGAAUGGAAAACUUAAAAAAGCCUGGGGUUUAUCCAAAGGAUGGAUUGUUUGAAGUUGGCAGUAAUUUCACCUUCUGCUGCAUUUUGCAAGCAGGGGAAAGUUUCAACAGUACACCUUCAAUCAAGGGGUUAGGGUCCAGUGAAUCAAGACAGAUCUCCAAUCAAACAUAUGCCUUGACUGUCCACUUGACAGAAGUGUCAAAAAACACUUGCACCAAUGUGUACUGUACACUAAAUCAUGGGGCUUGUGCUUAUAUUGGCUACCCACCUCAAGACAAGGACCUUCAGUGUGAAACCCAGGAUCUGCAGUCAGUUGAAUGUUACUGGACAGUCGGAAGACACUCAGCUGUAUCCUUCAAGAGCCCAACAGUUUACCAUCUACUUGGACGACAAUGUCGGGAUAGAGGGGAUAGAUCGGAGAUAAGGAGAUGUAAGAUAGAAGUGGAAAAGCACAGUGGUGAAAGAAACUGGACACUAACAGCAGAAAACAAGCUUGGGAAGGUGGAACUCCUAGACAGAGCAGACCUGAUUAAAAGAGUGCACAUGUUCGCUCCAAAGGCAAUGAUGGCUUCAACUAUUAAUGCCAGAAAUGUCACCCUGGAGUGGGAGUGGACGGUGCAACACUACAGUACUCUCAACAUAAGAUGCCAAGUAAACAUUAGCCACGGUGAAACACAUACCAUAAGAGAAUACUUUGGAGUUGGCCUUAAAUUUACCAUUCUGAAUAAUCUGAUACCAUAUUGGAACUAUAAUCUGACAGUACGAUGUGCAACAACACAUCAUUUGUGGAAAUGGAGUGACUGGAGCACAACUGUUAACUUCCACACAAGGGGUGACGUUCCAGAUGCUCUUGAUGUGUGGUGGCAGGCGGUGGGUGACAAAAUUAUAAUCCUCUGGAAAAUGCCACUGGCCAACCAAAGUCAUGGAAUCAUCAAAGACUAUAGAGUGACCUGUGAAAAGUCUGGGUCGCGAGGGAAAGAACCACAACAUACAACUGUUUACAACAAUGACAGCCUCACUCUGAGUCUGGACAGGAAUGAAGAGUAUAUUGUCACAGUCACAGCUAGAAAUGAAAAUGGCACUUCAUCCCCAUCAACCAUAACCAUCCCCAGCUGCAGUCCAGUUACAGAAAGAACAGAAAGAGCAAACGGUUUCUGGAUUGUUCGCAGCGGCGGUAGCUUCAACUUGUCCUGGUCUCCUAGUCCUGCAGCCAGCUGUGGCUACAUAGUUGACUGGUGUCCCACCGUAGGGCACUGCAAGGUCGAAUGGCUGAAAGUUGCUUCCAAUCAAACCAGUGCCAGGAUAUUUUCAAAAAAUUUCACUGAUGGAGUGAGAUACUUAAUAUCUGUAUAUGCCUGUACCCAGGGAGCUCCAGUGCUACUAAACAGAUUAGAGGACUAUGUCAGAGAAACAAGGAUAAAAGAUGGCCUGUUUAAGUCAUUGAAAUGGAAACGGCAGAAUUCAGAUGUUGAGGUAUACUGGGACCAUAUAAAUCAAAGGGAGCAGUCUGCUUUCAUUCAAGGCUAUGUUCUUUAUUGGUCGGAAAAGGACAGCAAUGAAAACUUCACUGUCAGCACAGUGAACCCUGAGGACACCAGCUUGACGGCAACAAACCUUCACAUCAGUAACUACAAGUUCAAAGUGGUGGCACAGACAGCAGUUGGAGAAUGUGGCACUACAUAUAUUACUGCCACCUUGAAUCCACUGACAGAUAACAUGGUCAAGCCUGUCCUCAUUUCCCUGGUUGUUGUUUUUGGUGUCCUCUCCCUCAUCACAAUCCUUUGCUACAAACACUGGACAUGUAUCAAACAGAAAGUCUAUCCUCCAGUCCCAGAACCAGUGUUGAAAUGGCCAACCUCACUGGAUGCAAAUAAAUGUCAUCCUCUUCAUGUGGAUCAUGAAGCAGAAGUCUUGGAUGUUUCUGAGGUGCAUUAUAACUCAGUACCAGUGGUAGAAGGCUAUGUCAUUGAAGACGGCAAGCCUCAUGCCUCUACACAAACUCCAGGGGGUUACUAUAACCAGCCCCUGAAAAAGAGCACCCCACCCCUCCUCACCUCACUGACUACAGACACCCCAGCUUCUUCAUUCAGAAGUGUAUUUUCUAACCCGUCAUACAACCUGCUAAUGCAGACUGGAGAACAACAGUACAGCCCAGGCCCCUGCCUUCAGGAGGGCACAUCUUUAGAGGGAAGCUCCAGUGAAUACCAGCCUCAGAGUGACACGCAAACCCUCAAUUUUUUUGACACAACAAAUGAACCAGAAAGUUUUAUGCCCUGUGUCUCCAAUUAUGUUUUGUUACCAAAGUCAACUUAACAAUUAUCCAUUGCAUGCAUAGUAUAUGUAAGAGGUAAAAAUGACAUGAUAUGAUAUAAUGAUAAUUACACUGCUAGAAAACAGAAAUGUAAAAAAUAAUUAAAGACAGAAUUUUUAUUCUGUUUACAUACUAACAAAUUAGAAUUAUUUUAGUUAGUUAUUUGUAUUCUAAGGCUUGUUAGCAUGGUGGCUCGGGGAUGGUAAUGUCCAUUUUAUAAAUAGCUUAGCUAAAGUGCCCACUAGGGUCUCCCAGUGUGCAAGAAAAUAUCAUGCAGUACCAUCUAGGGCACCCUUCUUGUGGCUUCUGUGGGAAAGCGUGAUGCAGUGCAUUUGAGGCUGCCCUACAUGUGACAGAUUUACUCACAUAAUUACACAGUUCUAAUCCAUACCAGGGUUUGGAUCUGUUUCACCGAAACAGCAUCACGACUUUCUGAGGCCAGUACCCUACCGAAGACAGCUCACUACCUUUUUAUUUUUGAGGUGUCAUGUGAUUUCUUACAGCAAUGUGAUUCAAGGUGUGAAUUGGUGUUUAACUGCCAAGGAUGUAUCGACCACACUGUAAUGAUCUUAAAGAUCUCUGAACUAUUUUGACAGAAGGCCAAGAAUAGGGCCUUUUUUGGGCAUUUAUACUCCUUCUGUGAACAUCUUCAGAAAUCUAAAUCUAAAUGUUAAGUUGCCCCUUGACUUGGCUGUGGAUAUAUCAUGACCCAAAAUACUAAUAAUCUUCACAGGCUGUUACCGGUUGGGCACACCUGAUGCCUGUGUUCUGCAUGGUGGCUGCAUAGCUUAGCUGCUACUGUUCACUCGUGUUUGUGUUCACAGAGGCUGCCUGGCAGCUGCUGCAGCCCUUUCUGUUUACAUGGAGUUUGACUCUGAUAAUGGUCAAUAAAUAUGAUGACAUGAUUUUCCUUUACCCCACUGAAAGAUCCAGAAAGCCGGAGGGAGAGCAAGAGGGAGAGACUGUGAAAGUGAAACACAGAGAGUGCCCAGGAAAGAAAGUGCUCCUCACCUGCUGUGUAUUCUCUUCAUGUCCAUAACAUAUUCUACACAUACAGACACUGAAACUGCAGUGAAAUGCUGUCAUGUUUUCCAUAUGACUGUCUGCAGGUCGUUUUCAGGUCGAUUUUUGCAGAGAACUGCUUGCGGUAAUGAAUGACCGUUGUGUGUAUGUGUGUGUGUGUGUGUGUGUGUGUGUGUGUGUGUGUGUGUAUAUAUACACAAACAAACAACAUAUACUGUAUAUACACGCACACAAAUAAACAACAGUUUCUAUCCACUUGUAAAGAACAUGUAAAAUUCAUCGGAACUCAAAACUUCCAUGACAUACAGCACUCAUUUUUCAUAUAUGUAUCAUAUAGAUUUCCUGUACAGCGUUCUAGAGAGAUGAGUUGCAAGCACCAACAACAAUAGCCGAUUAAUUAGCUGAGUAACAGUAUCGCCAUUCAGGAGCCAGCAUCAGCUGAUUUCAUGUAAUAUUCCUUUGACUCUGCUGCCAGGUGUAAAACUGGAAAAUUGUUCCAAAACAUUGGCAGUGAUUAAGAAACUAAUAAGAAGCUGGUGAGGAACAGAAAUAAGUAAAAACAGAAUCUUCAGAUGUGUCUGAUGAAAAGUUUUCAAAACAAUUUUGGCUCUCCAAAAAAUUUGCUAGUUAUAUCCAAACAAUCUUUUUUGCUACCUGAAAAUGACAUAUUGUUUCAUAUUUUGAUAAAACUAAAUGCUUUCAACAUCAAACUUAAGUCAAGUGUUCCUGAUGUCAUCCAGAGGCUGUGCCAAAUUUUGUGCAAAUUGGCCCAUAGGUGGCACUAUAACGGAUGUAAAUGUGUUUUUGCCUUUAACUUCCACAUUUUAAAGAACACAUUCAUAAACAUCAUAUUCACGUAUUUCCCAAAUACAGCUAGGUUUUCUUACAUAGGCCUCGCCCACUUCUGCUGCACUUUUCCUUUGUUAAGUCACCACACACUAAUCAACAUAAAUGCAUUUUUCCUCGUCACUCUCAUUUUAUGUCGCAAUAUUAGAAAUGUAAUGAAACAGUACUGAUGUGGGGUCACUCCUGAGGCCAGCCAUAUAGGUAACGACUGGUCAAAGUGGGCAUGAUUUAGUACAACAAAUCCAAAUUGCCACACAUUCAGCCUUUUGCACUUCCAGUGCACUUUCCAUUACAGCGAAUGCCACGCUUAAAGUUUUUUUUUUGUUGCUCAGUAUGUGAAGUUUUUCUUCACUUGAGCUGAGACUCUAAGGACUAGUGUUGUAGUCAAGACCACACCAACCGAGACCAAGACAUUACUGAGACCAGAGAGUACCGAGACCGAAACUAGGCAUUUGGAGGUCGAGACCGAGACAAGACCAAGACUUUUAGAGGAUAAGACCAAGACCUUUCUUUUGAAACAAUGUGUUUUAAACCAUUAAUUUUGCCUGAUUUAUAGUUUACCCAUACAUUAUUCCUUGAUAGCUGUUACUAGCACUCCAGUUUGACUUGACAAAGCCUCGUGUGUGUAUCACACAUUUUGGGGAAGAAAUAUGGCCUAUUUCAUCUGUGUUGUUCUGUUAUAUUGCUUGUGACAACAACACAAUGUAAGCUAACUUAGCUGUAGGCUAAUAUAGUUGGUGCUUUGAAAGUUAGCAAAUAAAUGCCUAAAAUAAC